CACAGCAGUAUCAAUCAAAGAUGGACACGAAGGAAGGAACGACAGGAAGCCUGUCUGGGAUACCGAAGUAUAGAGAAGGAGGUGUCGGAACACUUGAAAGAGAGUGAGUGUGGUGAUCGAGAGAAGAGACAGAGCCGACGGAGCGAAAGAACGGCGGGUAUUUAUGAGGGACGUCCAGGGCAGUCCAGGGCAGUCCUGCCCAGAGGAAAAGCUCAGGAACUCCAAUGAACACGCGGUGGAGACAGUGAAAGUCGGGAAAAGCCCCGGACCCACCGACCCUCGUUCUUCGUCCAUGGAUUCCGGUCAGGCACGCCUUCUGCUUGUACCUCUGGCGAGGAAACAUCCAAUCCGGUUCCCUCCGUCCUCCCGGCGCCGCCUCCUUUUCCCUCUCCUCAAUUUCAGGAACCCGACGUCUUCUUUCACUCUUUCAUUCUUUUAUUUCCCGCGUUCAUCCUGUCAAACAGCUUCCUUUUCCCCUUCCUUUUUCUUCUUUUUUCUCCUUCGUUUUUGCCCUUGCGCCGAUCGUCCGAUUGGCAGCCUCCACCCAACGCCGGUGUUACAGCGUGUCGUGUCCAUUCCCUUUCCAGGGCAUUUGGGCCUCGUUAACCUUCCACUAACCUUCUUAGCCCAGGCUUGGUCCUUGGUUAAAGCGUUUGCCUGCGCUGGUCGGGUCCAGGGGGAUCAUCGUUAUUGAUUUCGGAUGUCUACGCCACGCUAUCUAGUUCGACGUUUAGCCUCUUGUCUAAGGUCUAGUCCCGUCCGCUUAAACCGUUUCCAGUCGACUCGACUCGCGUCAGCUCCAGUCCGAGCUGAAAGAAAAGAAGAAAGACCCAAAAAAAUUCCAACACAGAAAGCAACGCACGAAAGAAAGAAAAAUCAAACAAGCCCAAGCGGGAUCCACCCCGGGCACCGAGACACGCACAAAAAAAGAGAGAAUGCGAAGAGACUAAGACUGAC